CCGCAGAGUUUAGAUUUUAAUGAACUUACAAAAACACAUAUGAAUUUAUAUGCAUGUACACAUUCAAGAAGGACCAGAGAACCCAAGACUCGGAAGGGGAGAAAGAAUGCACACGCAAUGCCUGCUCAGCGAAUCUUAAAAGAGGAACUAAGAGUCGCAUGACUAUUGUGUUGCAAGUGUAUCCGUUACUAUUGUGUUGCAAGUGUAUGGAAAAACCCAGAUGGUCUGAGAGAUUGUGUCACACAGCCAGUAUAAAUAAGGCUGCGUUUUCAGUGUUAGUUGUUGCAUCUUGCUAGAAGAUUUUUGCGUGCAUCCCUGAAGGUAAUCAUUCUUCAGUCCAGCUUGCUGGAACAUAUAUUGCUUUAACUGCUUAGCUGUAUGAUGUUAACUUAACCUGCUCAUAGAAGGACAAGGUUAGUUAUUCAUUUAAUACUUGAACUGUGUAUGUUAAGAAAAACUUUGUGACUGAACCACUUAUACAGGACUGACCUGUUAAGUUGGGAGAAACUGAGGUAUUAUAAUCUGUAACCUUUUCUUUUGUUGCUACUAUUAACAAUCAUUGUGUAACCAGUGUUAUUAUCGUUUGUAUAAAUAAAUUUUCAUUUUAUAAAGAUAAAAGUUGAAUAGUUCUUUGCCUCGGGUCACAAUACCAGUUCUAUAAGCAAUAGUAAGAGCAUUAAAGCUACCCUUGCGAGAGCAAGAGGUCACCAGGACUCCACGGAAGCAUCUCCACGGAGGAAGCAGGAUGGCGAAACAGCGGAUACAUCUGGAGAGGAAGUAUCUAAAGCUGCGGAGGAAGCAAAGCAGUUUGAGAAUCGGCCUGUUGUCAGCGCUGACUAUGCGGGGAAUAGCAUUGUUAAUAUUGGGUCUUGGAUUAUCAGGAGAUAACGAGACAGAAGUGGUUAGCGUAUCCUCCUGCUCUGUGGUUGAGAAAUUAGUGUUAAAAAUAUGCUAUAAGCAAACAGCGAAUAUUGGUGGGGUGAAAUAUGGCUCGAAAAUGAUGAGGGACAUGUUUAAAGGAAUGAUAGAAAAUAUAGAUAAAUCAUUUUGGAACUGUACAGGGGCUCGGAAAAUAAGUGCUACGAAGGGGCCAGCUCUUUACGGGGGUAAAGUAAUUAAGAAUACCAGGUUGAGAUGGAAUAUUCUUGACGGUCAUAAUCAGACGCACGUAAAGCUAAGGGGCCUACAGUACAAUCUCACGGAUAUCACUAAUUUGACGUUUAGUAAGCAUGUGUACAAAAUAUGGAAUAGUCCUGUUCUCCAGAUAACUGGGGUGCAGCAUUGGGAUUGUCUGACCAAGGAAAUUGUUACGGAGCAUAGUAAUAAAUGGUUGGGUAAAACUGUUGAGGAUCAGUCGAUAGAGAUUGAAAUUGAUAAAGUUCCAGCAGAUAAAAGACGUAGCGGUAGAUCUGCCCCAGAGGGGGCGAAUUAUCGGAUCACGGACCAAACAUGGAAUAAUGAAGAUAAUUCAGACCCAGUGCAGCAAAGUUAUUGGCCCAAGGGUCUAAAUCCGCACGUUUUAAUUGUCGGAGUUUAUAAAAAUAAACCUAAGCCGGCCUAUGUUGAGUUAAAUUGGGUAACGUGCGAACAUUUGGUCAUGCCUAUUGGGAUGUGUGAGAGGCGCAGUAAGUGCCCGUUGUUGACCAAGAACAAAUUUGUAAGUAGUAAACCGGAAAAUCAGUUUUGGUACAACAUUGACCAGCAUUGCAGAACUGAUUAUGGUAAGACGACCGCAUGGGUGUGUUAUCUGAAUAGCACCUCUAAAUGGGACUAUAAGGAAUUCGAAAAGCACGGUUAA